AUGUACUUUUACCUGCGACAUCGCUACACAUACUGGUCCCGGCACGGAGUGCCCGGCAAAAACUACGUGGACAUUAUGCAGUUUAAUAAAUACACACACGAGUAUGACCAGGAGCAAACUAGAAAAUACGGCCGCAUAUAUGGCAUGUACACAAUAUCGGGCAAAACCAUAAUGAUCAACGACCCGGAGCUGUUGAGAGACAUAUUUAUCAAGGACUUUGACAAAUUUCCCGAUCAUAUAAACAAUUUCCACUUUGGCAGUUCGCCACUGAGCAAGAUGCUAUUUUUCAUGCCGGGUGAUCAGCGUUGGAAACGCGCGCGUAAUAUAAUUACGCCGGGGUUUACGUCGGGAAAGUUACGCGCAAUGAUGACACACAUUACGGAUAACGUCGAUCGGUUUGUCGACAGACUGACUCAGUACGAACUAACAGGCAAGGUGAUUGAUAUGCGUAAAUAUAUGGGGGCGUAUACCAUGGACAAUAUGGGUGCGUGUGCGUUUGGAAUCGAGCUCAAUUCGCUUGAAAACCCUAAUCACCCAGUGUUGACCAACGUUAAGAAGUUGUUGGAUCCGCCCCUCACUGUGGCUGUUAUGAUAUCAGCAUUUUUCUGUGGCUUAGCCCGACUGUUAGGUAGCGAACCCUUUGACCUGCGAGCGGCCCAAUACUUUACAGAUUUGACCAAGAGCAUCAUCGACGAACGAAAACAUCAUAAUAAAUACUUAAAUAAUGAUAAAUGUACACACCAAAAGCGCACGGAUUUUAUUCAACUCAUGUUAGACGCGGAGAAAAACGACGAAGACUUGGGUUACGACACGUCCGCCGCCGGCAAUGAAGUGCCGGACAGCGAGACUUCAAUUAACAAAAAACCGGUCGGAAUACUAACCCCCGAAGAGAUUACCGCAAACUGUCUCUCAUUUUUUAUGGCCGGUUACGACACCACAUCCAGUGCCCUAACCCACGCCCUAUACAAUUUAUGCCAACACCCGGACUGUCAACAACGGCUAUACGAAGAGCUGCGCGAUUGCGAUGAUAUGUCGCCCGAAACGGUAUUUCACUUGAAAUACUUGGACGCCGUUAUCACCGAAACCUUACGACUCGCGCCCUCUUUUGUACGCCUGUUUCGUACGUGUGUUCAGGACUACAAACUGGGAAAUACCGGCAUUACAAUACCGGCCGACACAGCGGUGUUGAUCAGUUCAUACGUUAUACAGCGUGACCCGCAAUACUGGCCAAACCCGGAUCAAUUUCAACCUGAUCGUUUCUUAAAACCCACUCACGAUCAAUACGCAUAUGUAACUUUUGGUCGUGGACAACGAAUGUGCCUAGGUGAACGGUUUGCUAUUAACCAGAUGAAACUAUGCAUGGCCAAAUUAUUGUUAAAGUUUGAAUUCAGCUUGGUGCCUGCUAGUAAAGUUUAA